GCACCAAAUAAAUCCAAAUAUGUCAGCAUUCAACGCCUUAAAACGAUAGCCCACUAUUAUUGAUCCCCUCAAUGUCCGAUCUAGUCUCAAAAUUUCCACCAAAUUCGACAUGACAUUAUUAUUCCGACUAAUCAUUCUUCCAAUACUCUUUCUACUCACCGGACCCGGAUUGUUAACAUCCACCUUAACCACUAUCGUCGCAGCGGCUACUGACACAGCAGCCGCCGCAGACGCUAAUGGAUUCUCUUUCAUCUUCCCCGAUUCACAACUCGACGGCGUACGAGAGGUUCAACCAAACGGUCAGAUAAUUCACAAAAACGAAACACAAAUGAUGGGUGUCGGCCACACGUUCUACGCACGGCCAUUUCGCUUCAAACCGUCACCCUCGGGUGACGUUUUCUCCUUCUCCACCUCAUUCGUGUUCGGAAUCAUACCCGAAAAUCCACUUUAUACUUUCCACGGCAUGACGUUUGCCAUCACGCCGUCGAAAGCCGUCGUAGAUGCAUCAACUUCGCAACAUUUAGGCCUCUUUAACCGAACAAACGACGGAAACUCUUCAAAUCACGUCGUCGCGAUAGAACUCGACACGUUUAAGAACCUCGAGCUCGGUGAUAUCGACAACAAUCACAUUGGUCUCGAUAUUAACUCCAUCGUCUCCGUCAACGCUACACCGGCCGGAUUCUACCAUGACGAUACCGGAACUUUCGAAAACCUAACCCUAGCUAGCUCACAGGAAAUCCGAGCAUGGAUCGAGUACGACGGCGAAAAAAAACAAUUAAACGUCACCGUUUCACCGUUACAUCUCAAAAAACCAAAAAAACCUAUGGUAUCAUGGCAAAAAGAUCUAACACCAUUUUUACUAGAAAACAUGUUCGUAGGAUUCACUUCCGCAACCGGUGUUCUUCUCCAAACGUUUUACGUACCCGCCUGGAGCUUCCGGAUCAACGGCCAAGCAGAAGAAAUCGACGUCUCUAGCGUCCCGCCGUUACCUGUUAAGUCAAAAUCCAACAAGAAACGUAUGGCGUUAGCUAUCGGGUUAUCCGUAGCUGGGAUUUUAACGAUUUCGUCGGUUUUCGCUCUAGGGAUGUUUUUGUAUUUGCAAAGAAAACGAAAAUUUGCUGAGGUUAUCGAACGUUGGGAGGUUGAGUACGGACCUCAUAGAUUUUGUUACAAAGAUUUGUACAAAGCAACAAAAGGGUUUAAAGAGAGUGAGUUGUUAGGAAAAGGCGGUUUCGGUCAGGUUUACAAAGGCACGUUACCCGAGUUAGGCGCGCAAAUCGCGGUGAAAAAGGUGUGGCACGAGUCAGGUCAGGGGAUGAAAGAGUUUGUGGCGGAGAUCGCGACAAUUGGGAGGCUACGCCACCCGAAUUUGGUUAGGCUUCUUGGGUAUUGUCGAAGGAAGGACGAGUUGUUCCUUGUGUAUGAUUAUAUGCCGAAUUCGAGUUUAGACAACUUACUGUUUAACUCGAAUUCGGCUAUGAUUUUGACAUGGAAGCAACGGGUUAAAAUAAUAACUGACGUGGCGGAGGCGUUAGCGUAUUUGCACGAGGAAUGGGUUGAGGUUAUUAUUCAUAGAGAUGUUAAAGCGAGUAAUGUGUUACUUGACGCGGAGUUAAAUGCAAAACUUGGAGAUUUUGGACUUGCUCGAUUUAGUGACAAUGGGAACGAAGCGAAAACGACACAUUUAGCGGGUACCUUAGGGUAUAUUGCACCAGAGUUAGCUAGAAAAGGUAAAGCAACCACUGGUACAGAUAUAUUCGCCUUCGGGGCGUUUUGUUUGGAAGUGGUAUGUGGGCGUAGACCAGUAGAGUGCAAAGGGCGAAAUGAGGCGGUGAUCUUGGUUGACUGGGUAUUGGAUUGUUGGUUUAAUGGGGAGUUGUUAAAGACGGUUGACCCGAAGCUUGAACAAGAGCUUGACGCUGACGAAAUGGGGUUGGUUUUGAAGAUCGGGUUGUUGUGUUCGCAUAGUGUGCCCGCGGUGAGGCCGAGUAUGUCUCAAGUGUUGAAGUUUUUGAAGAAAAAGGAACCGUUGCCCGAAGAUUUUGAAACUGUGUUGGAUAUCCGAGAGGAUUACUCCGGUCGACUUGGUGAUUCGUCGAUGAGUGCUUAUUUUUCGAAGAUCCAAUAUGAUACGGCGUCGGCUCCGGUGACGGAAUCGUCGUUUGUGUCAUCCGGCCGGUGAUUUGGUGUAAGGAUGGGUUUUUUGAACGUGUAUUUGUUUAUUUAAUUGUAUCACAAUUUGGUCAUGUGGCGGUAAGUAAGUAAAUACGAAAGUGCACAAAUAUGCGUUAAGUA